AUGAUGUAUAAAAGACAGAAUAUAUCUGGUCUUUUUUUUGGAAUGACGCUAAAACUUUUUAUACUUUUUACAGUAUAUAAGCUUUUUUUUGUCUGUCCUUUGGAGAGUCCAUCAAAAACAAAAAUGUUGUUAUGUAGGAAUUAUCAUUAUUUGAAAUCAUCAAUGGAUCCAUAUCUAAAAUCUAUAUAUUAUAAAUAUGCAUUAGAACAAGUAGAGAUGGUUGAACCUUAUUUAAAAAAUGUACAAAAAAAUGUAGGAAAAUACAGUAAACCUGCCAUAAAACAUAUUAAAGACCAAUAUGAGAAUUAUAUUUACCCAUAUUUUGUAUAUGGAAAAGAGAGUAUAUAUAAAUUCGUUAAAAAACAUAUAGGACCGGUAAAAAUAAAGUACAUUAAGGAAUACGAUAGAUUUUAUAGAAAUAGGUUUAAGGAUUAUCUGGUUUAUUCUAAGAAGGUUUAUUGGACACAUAUUUAUCCAGGUAUUUAUUCAACUCGUCAAACGGUUAUUUAUAUCUAUCAAUCAAAAUUAAUUCCGUUUUAUCAGCAAACUAAGCCUCAUGUGAUACACUUUUUAAAAACAAUGCUUCAAUUUUUGAUAAGAGAAGUUUAUCCACGUAUUGUAGAGGGAUUGAUUUGGCUAAAAGACUUUUUUUUCACGUACGCAGUUCCAAAAUUUAAUGAUUUUUGGAUUACACAUGUAAAUCCACAAUUGGAGAGAAUUUAUGAUCGUAUUUUUCAAUAUAAAAAUUCAGAUUACAAUAUUGCUUCGGAAACUCAAUCAAGCAGAUAUGAAUCGCCAGAAGAAAAUAUUUUGGACCAGAAAAAGAAUACACAUAUUUCAUACGAUCAGACAGAAAACCAGCUUUUUUCAGAAAUAUUAUCUUUAUGGACCGAUCGUCUUAAUAAAAUUGGCAAAGAAAUAGAAGAAGCAUUAAUCGAGGAUUUAGUCGAUGUGUUUUUACCAGUCAUUUAUAAAAAAGAGAAGGCAGUGAUUCAAAAUCUCCUUAAUGAAUUAAAUUUAUUAGUAAAUUCGGAAAUCUCUAAAAUAAAAAACAAAAUUAUACCAAAAGAUAAUGUUCUUAAAGGUGCUAAAAAAGACAUUUUUUAUAACAUCGAUGACAUUAAGGAAGCUGGAAAAACAAUUCAUGCUAAAGCUUUAGAAAUAAGAAAAUAUCUUAAAUCUAUUGAAAAUGAUUGUAAAAAGAAAAUAAUUAAAAAAUCUAAGCUAUAUUUUAACCAAGUUAUAAUAUUUCAAUCAGAAAUAACUUCAUUGUUUGAAGUAUUUAUUAAAUUGAGUACUAAAGAUGAGAAUUAUAAAAAAGUUUAUAAUAAAUAUUUUGAUUUUAAAAAUCUUAUUGAUACAAUUGAAAAACAAUUUUUUGAUUCUAUAUUGAAUUCUACUUUAUCUAGUGUUAAACAAAUACGUAAUUUAUCUAUAAAAGCAGAACUUGCUGUAAAUAAUAUCACAGGUCUAGCUGCAAAACAAUUAAAAGAUUUUAAAUCAAUUAAUGCCUCGAAUAACAUCACUCAAAAACUUUAUGAUGAUCCAACUGAUGAAAACAAUGCUUUAUCGAAAUUAUCCGAAAAAUCAAAAGAUCAAUCAAUUGUUUUAGAUAAUUCCAAACAAGAAACCGAACAAGAAAAUGAAAAAAUGGAGUCAGAACAUCCUGUUUUGAACCAGGAUUCUGAUUCUUAUAUGGAAAAACAAGUAAAUUCCAAUUCAAAUCCUUCAGAUAAUAAAGAUUCUAUGGAAAAUAUUAAUUAUGAUUCAUCACAAACUGAUCCGUUACAUUUACAAAAAGAAACUAUAAGAGCUUAG